GUGACGUCGCUCGGACGUCGCGACGUUUCGUACCUUCGCGGUUCGCUAAUUCAGUUUUGUAGCAUCGCUGCUGGCUAACGGACGGUCGCGUCAUCAAAUUAACGUGAAAUAUCACGCGACUCGAGAUUUUUUUUGAUUGUAUUUUACAACAAAAAGAACAUUUUUUUUUCAAGUUAAUAAAAGUCUGUGUCUGAAGGGUACUUUUGGGUGUCGAGUGGUUUGAUUUUAUUUUCAAUUUUUUUUUUUCGGAUUUUAAGUGCGUAUGGGAUACCGCAUCGGGGUGAAAUUCAGAGGUUUUUUUUAAGGACCAGUACUAAAAAAACAUGCAACAUCCAGGUACUUGGUACCUCCCAUGGGGUAUGCCCUUGCAAAAGAUGGUGGCGGUGCCCCUCCACCCUGCAACGGGACACCUUCAGUUACAAGCUCCAGCCAUGCACAUGCAACCAAUGCUUGCUGGGUUGCCAGCUCCUCUAGCUACUCUAAGGACUUUUGUUGCUACACAACCAACGGCUAUCAGGCAGCAACCACAAAGAAAGAUUUUAUGCGGAAGUGAAAAAGACAAAUGCAAACUCAUAGGGACGGAAAAAAGAAAGGCAGACGAUGGAGAACCUAAUAAGGACCUUAAAAAGGUAUACGGCAAACCUAAGUGGAUCGUUGGUUUCGAAAAACCAUACAUAGCCAAACUCGAAACCAAAGCUUUGAAAGCCAAACGGCCAGGGUUCACCGACGAUCGUUACAACGAGACCUCUUACUAUAUUGAAAAUGGCCUAAGGAAGGUCUAUCCCUACUACUUCACCUUUACCACCUUCACGAAAGGUCGAUGGGUGGGAGAGAGAAUCCUUGACGUGUUUGCCAGGGAGUUCAGGGCUCAUCCAGCCGAAGAGUAUGAAAGGUGUAUCCAGGCUGGCACCCUUACAGUAAAUUACGAAAAAGUUCCUACUGAUUAUAAAUUAAAGCACAAUGAUUUGCUUGCUAACGUUGUUCAUAGGCACGAGACCCCCGUUCUAUCGAAUCGCAUCAGGCUUAUUUACGUAGAUGAAGACAUUGUUGUUUUGGACAAACCUUGUUCUUUACCGGUACAUCCGUGCGGUCGUUACCGACACAACACAGUGGUCUUUAUCCUAGCCAAAGAAUACAACUUAAAGAACUUGAGAACCAUCCAUAGACUGGACAGAUUAACCAGCGGGUUACUCUUAUUCGGACGAUCGCCUAAGAAAGCCAGACAAAUGGAGCAUCAAAUACGUAACCGGUUGGUGACCAAGGAAUACGUUUGUAGAGUAGAAGGAGAGUUUCCAGACGGUGUGGUGGAUUGUAAAGAACCAAUUGAGGUGGUGAGCUAUAAAAUUGGCGUUUGUAAAGUGUCGCAAAAGGGGAAGGAUUGCAGCACCACGUUUCAAAAGUUGGGUUUCAAUGGGAAGACCAGUAUUGUGCUUUGUAAGCCUAAAACUGGACGGAUGCAUCAGAUCCGUGUACAUCUUCAAUAUCUAGGUUAUCCAGUAGUUAACGAUCCACUGUACAACCACGAGGUAUUUGGUCCCCUCAAGGGUAAAGGUGGCGAUUUGGGUGGUAAAACCGACGAGGAACUAGUGCGGGACCUAAUCCACAUUCACAACGCGGAAAACUGGCUUGGAAUGGACGGAGAUAGCGAACUGUCCAUGUUCAAUGGCCGAAAAGUUGACCUGGAUGACUCUUUAGUGGGAGCAAACAUUGCUAAAGACGACGAUGCAGAUCCGGUGUCUCGCGAACCGUCACCAUGCGAAGACAGCCGAUCUUCCCCAGUGCUAACGACGUCACCGUUUAUGAGCCGGCACGUCAUCGAUGCCAAAGUGACGGUGGCGACCCAAACGGGACACGAAGCUCCAGAUUUCGCUUUUAAUCCCGAAAAAAUGACUGUAGACCAGCACUGUUACGAGUGCAAAGUCAGAUAUCGCGAUCCGAAACCUCAGGAUCUGGUUAUGUACCUUCACGCAUGGAAAUACCGAGGUCCUGGAUGGGAAUUUGAAACGGAACUGCCUGACUGGGCACGAGUGGAUUGGGUCGACACGGACAUAUCCGAGUGAUAAAUGAUUUAGUUUUUUUUUUAUAUAUAUUUGUUAUUAUUGUGUAAGGCAUCUCUUAUCCGCUCUGUCUUUCCAAUAUUGCUCUUAGGAAUUAUUGACUAGUCGAUCGAGUGAAAAACGAUUCAUUUUCAAUUGAUCGAUUUAAAGGGUACUUUCUCCCAGUAAAAGGCAGGGUCCAAUAACAAUCACUUUAUUGUUGUUUUAUUUUUAAUUUAAAGGUAAUAGGGCAUCUGUGAACUUAGAAAGCCAGAUGUAGUCAGCAUUAUUCAUUAAUUAACUUAACGAAUUUACAAACUGUUAAAAUAGAUUUUAAUUUUUCCUAAAAAAAAGAUAGUUUUAACAUUUUGUAGAGCAAUUCAUUAGUUUCUUAGCGAACUCGAUAUGAAGUAAAUAGAUUUCGUAUUUCAGUGCUUAAUGAUAUUUUUUCGUGCAAGUUAGUUAUUGUAAGAAAAAUUAAAAACAUCAAUCAAAAAAAAAAUUAUUUUUAUAAAAUAUUGAUAGUGAAAAAAUUAAUUAAAUUAUGAAUUUCACAUCUUUUUAAUAAUAAUAGGGCCGUACAUAAGUAAAAUAUUUUAAAUAAGAAAUUGUAGACUUUCAUCAUGACUAAAAAAAAAAGUUAUUUAUGAAACUUUAAGCCUGGUUUUUCAGUUUUUAAUUUGGGUUCGUUUUGUAUGUAAAAAGUGCGGCUCGAAACCUCUCGAAGGACCAAAAAUCAUCGUUUUCCCAAAUUAAGAACCAGACAAGCCAGAGCCUGUUCAUAUUACAUGAAAAUAAAAAGUACUGGAAUACAUACUGUGCCUUGGAUGUGUAUCGCGACAUCGUCUGCAAAAGUUUAAGAAUUAAAUAAAAUAGUAUAAAAUAAAAAACAGUUUACUAAAGCUGUUUAAUAUAAAUAAAUUAUAAAAUGUAUAUCCACUUUCAUAUCAGCUAAAUACCGCUUCGGACCCUUGCUUAGUGUGACGUUUUAUUGUAAUGUUUAGUAGUGGCGAUUGAGUUGAGUGUAUUUUUUUUUAUUAUUUGGGUAAAAUUUUGUGUUAAUAUAAAUAUACAAAUAUUUUUAAUAUAAAUAAGAAAACACUUUAGACGACUAAAACUAGAUUUUUAAUCGAACUCGAUUUAAUGAUUAUUUUUAAUUAAAGCAAUUUGUGUCAUUCACUUCUUAGAACCAAGUUAGUGACCCAAUUUAAGGCUUACAGGCAGCAUUUCGUACCGCAAUAUUUAGAUGAUUUGGAGAAUUGCUUUGGCUUUGUAGCUCAGUGUUAAUAUAUUAAGCUAUAGAGGUAAUGAUCUACUUUUUUUUGGGAUGUGUAAUUGCUGGAGUUUUUUAAAUUGUAAAUUAGUCAAUACAAAACUUUAUGAGUUGAGUAUUUGGCAUCAGAUGCUGUCUGGAGGUGUUUUAGGAUUUAAUAGAGGUCUGUUAAUAGAGAAGACUUGAUGUCUCAUCUGUUAAGACCCGAUUAUGGGAAAACUAUGACAUUUUAAAAAUUUUAAUAAAAAAGCAAGUAUCUGGAACGAUUGAGAGAAGACAAUAACCCAGCGAUACCUGACAACAAAGGGUAAAGUUAAUCAAAAAAAGCAUAAAGGAACAAAUAGCAAAAUGCAAACAGAAGGAGAUGCAUUGAUGAUUAGCAUAAGAAGACAACAAAGAGAGAGUAAAUAAAAAUCAGUCAGCGAAACUGAAGCGCUUAUCGCUGCUAGUCAAGAACAAGCGCUCUCCUUCAUGCAAGUCAAAAUUAUGAUGUUUAUCGGCAAAGACCCCGCAUGUACAAUGAUAUAACUUACCAGGCAGUAUCAGGAUGUCCAGUACUUGGAAACAUAUUUACCUGUACUAGCUGCAUAUCUCCAUUACAACAAAUGCCAAUUGUACAAUGUAUCAAUUGGAGUAAAGCGGUACCAGCAGCACUUUUCAGAUCAUGUCGGUGAAAAUCUAAGACGUCAGUAACAUCUGGAAUACACCGAACUUACUGAUCUAUUAAAGCCAUCAAAUUGGACAUAAUCAUUUAAGACAAGAAACAAAGAAAAUGCCAGAUCAUAGACGUCGCUCAUGAGGAAAAUGACAACCAUAAUAGUUCCCUCUUCAAUUGAAGCCACUGGACUGAUUCCCUGUAAGACAAGUAAAGCCAUCUAGCAAAUAACCGAUGUACACAACUUGAUAUACUUCUAGAAAAAUUAUUAUGUUGAGUACCGCGCACAUUAUCCGCGAAGUGCUAUAUUGAACCAAAGGAUUACCCCAGUGCAUAGGGAUCUUUAAAAGCAAUGCUGUGUGAUGUUGGAGAUACUGGAGUAUUUAAUUGUUUGUUAUGAGUAGCGUGCACCUAAGUUUAAGCUUCUUCUUCUUUACAUGCCAUGUCCUCCUAGGACAUCGGCGAUCAUCACUCUGGCCGGUUUUACAGGCUAGGACGUGCAUCUUCUUCCUUGGAUUUUGCCUUUCAUGAUAUUCUGUUAGUUAUGGCACUUUUACCCUCUUAUAACAUGUUUAAAACAUUCGAACUUGGAAUGCGUCUCGGACCCUGUCCGCACCACAUCUCAAAAGCUUCUUCACAUUGCUUUUGUUAGUCCACGCUUUGAUUCCAUUGUACAAAAUUGGAAAUACGUAGCACCGUAGUAAACGAAUACGUAAAGUAUUGACAAGUCUCGAGAAGUAAAAACCGUCUUCAUGUUGCUAAAUGAUGCUCCACCCUGCUCGAUACGAGACUUUGAUUUCUGCGUGCUAUACACUUAUAGUUUAAUUAAUCCCUGUUUCUUCGAUUUUAGCUACAACCCUAAGUCAUCAGUAGUUCCUGCCAGUAGAACUGUAUCUUCCGCAUAAUGCAAGUUAUUCGUUACUUCCUUCUUAUGUUUCGUUCAAUGCGUCGGCGAAAAUGUUCUCAGAGUAUAUGUUAAAAGAGUAAUGGAGCAAGGAUACCUUGUUUCUUACCUCGGUGAAUGUCAAUGUACUUGGUAGUAGUAUGUCCUCGACUUUAACAGCAGCGAUUUGGUUGUAAUACAGAUUUCUUAUAAUGCGGACGUGUCUGCCACUUAAGUCCAUGUUCCGAAGGAUAUUGAUAGGUUUGCCGUGGUCGACACAGUCAAAGGCUUUCUGGUAAUCAAGAAGCCAUGCGUAUACAUUGGUAAACAUGUCGCAACAUCUUUGUCUUACUAUAGCCGUUAGGAAAUCUAAAUUCUUUAAAUCUAUCAAAGAGGUGUUUAUCUACUAUUUUGAGGAAUAUUUUUAGCGUAUAUGGUAGUCACCGCAAGUUUUUGGCUAUGUCUUCUUACGUAGUAUGAUAAAGACCGAUUCAAAACAUAGAUUGCGUUGAAGAUUAUUUCAUCGUAAGCACAAAGAACAUGUGAUAUGCUUUCUAGGGCCUAAAUUGGAUGUUCUGAAUCCUGUCAUUCCAAAAACCUAUUAUUGAUAAAUCGUAUCGUGGUAUGGUAUAAAAGGUUAAAUGGCAUCUUCCUAAGUUCUUUCGUUGCAGAGAAAUGUGAAAGGAUGUUGAAAUAUAUAAAGUGUUCAUAUCCAGACUUAAAUCUAGAGGCUGAUAAUUGGAAAGAAUGUUUUUAGCAUAAAAGUGAAUAUGAAAUUUACCAAAGGCGAAGAUGGUCAGUCAUGUUAAACCCCAAAGACCUUGAGAAGCAGUUUCUACAGAUUUUGUUGGUCCUGUGUCGAGAUCUAAACCUGCUUACACCUAAUAACUAGCGAUAACUUCUUUUACAUUUUUCUUACACUCUUGCAGCAUUUCGUUAGGGUCUAAGAUAAUGUUACCACCCAGAUUCAAUAGAAGUACCCCUGACCGAUUACCCUUUUUUUGUUUCAGCAGCAUCGUUAAUUUUCUUGGGUAAAUUCAAAGUGUCGUGUUUUGCAUCUAAACUCUCAAUUUCGUUCAGGUUUAAAUAUUUUGGUUUAAUGUUCUUUACAUUCCAACAUUCAACUAUCAUUUCUUAGCUCCUGAACUGCUGGUGUUUUUAUUUUAAUCCAUGCUUCUCACCUUAUAGUUCAGUCACUGUAUAGCUGCAUUGAUCUUUAAACCAACUAUUUCUCGGAUUUUAGGAGCAUUAAAUAGCCUCAUGGAUACGUUUUGACUGCGCUUAUGCUGUAUUUGAUUUCCAUGUAUACAAUCUGAUUGCGGGAAAUUGCAAGAAGGAGUUGGUGAUGACGAAACUAUAUAGUUAUAAAUAGAUAAUCUGUUUUCCACCUAAUCCCUUGUAUACAUAUAUUUUUAGAUUGUUCGUGAAAGCCAGAAUUUAUUCUGAUGUCAUAAGUGAUACUGUUGACGUAUGAGAAGUUGUAUGUUAUGAAUCGCAUUUGUAAGCUAUUACAAACUAACCUUUUUACCUAUAGAAACUUUACUGGCACUAUUAUCUUUAUUUUGCGUGUAACACAAAAUUAAAUAUGCGGUCUCCGUUUAAAACUUCUUUCUUAUUACCUUAAUAUUAUUUUAAUAAAAAAGAUUAAUUUAGCAAAUAUACAAUACUAAUAAAGUCGAUCCUUUUCUAUGAGAAAAUCUACCGAAAUUCAACAAGACAGACUUUAAAAAAUAACUAACAGAUGAUCACAGGGUCUGGAUCUCUUUGUCUGGACUGCAUGCAGCAUGCUCAAAGAUUUCCCAAUGCUUACUUCCAACUUUUUACUUUGUUUCACUCUGUCUUUGAUUAUUUUGAAGAAGAAUUAACACCACGUUCUUCGCUUCUAUAACAGGCUUGAAAAUAAAAAUAAAAACGUAUCAUCCAUUUUUCUCUAAGAGACCAAACAAAAACAAAACAAAGGUAAGAACACAACUUUGUUCUUGAGACCGUGACUUUGUUUUGUUAAAAAUAAAAAGGUAACAGGCAAAUAUUAAAACCACUGUUUUUUCUAUUUCAUAACUAGUAAGCGGUCGUUUGUACCUGAACCAGACCUGAAAACUAGUUAUUCUUUAGGUUAAUAGAACUCAAAUCUGGAAAUGGAUCGUCUUGUAGUAUUUUCAUGAAUAGCUUGUAUACGUGGGAGAGGAAACUUACUUGACCCCCUUAUUUUUUAGACCCACAUUUCCAUUAUGGCAUUGUUCCAUGAAGUCGCGAUUUUUCUGCUCUUUAAACAUCUAACAAAUAGGACUGUGCGAGCGUUUAUUACUUUUAUCCCUCCUGUUUUAAUACUUUUAAUAAUAAUGCCAUCUCUAUUGGUUUUCAUUUCUUGUAAGGCCUUUUCAAUUUCUGCUAUAUCUUUUGAGCCUUGAGAUAUUCCCAACACAAAUGUGUUACCGUUGUAUGUCCAAAUAACGUCUUAAUGUAGUUAUUAAAACUAAACAGGGAUAAAGGAUGCAGUAGUGGAAAUACAAUACGGUAGAUGGACGAAACGCAUGAUACAGUGGCAACCUCAGGGGCAUUUAGAUAUAGGGACACACCUUCAACACGAUUAAUUGAAUAUACAAAAAUAAUUCCAGUAAACUGGAUCUAGUGCAUCUUGUUUAUGGAAAACACUAGAUGUUAUACCUUAAAUUCCCUAUGAAUUAAUUAUUAAUAUUUUAUAGAAAUAGAAAAGUGUUGAAUAAGAACAAAGAUCUCAUUCCACUUAAUCAGUGUUUAACGCCCCGUCAAGAUAUAGAUUUUAUUUUAGGACUACAAUUAGCUCAAUUUUCUUCCUGAAAAUCGUGACAUUACUUUCUUAAGAGACGGGAUAAUUAAAAUGGACUACUUAUGAAAUUUGACCAUUUUACCCAAAUAAUAAAAAGUAAACAAAAUAAUAUCGUUAAAACUCUGAUAAUUUAGUGUAAGAAAUAAUCGACUAAGCACUGACCACACGGAUUGUUUUCCAAAAUAAUUGUCUGUGUUAUGAAGUUGUUAUAUUAUCAACAAGUAUUAAAGGUUUUCAUGUAUUCUUGUAAGUAUUAAAGUUCUUCUCAUGUUUAAGGAUCAUUUUGUUUGUUAAAUCGGAUGCAUGUUUUAUUUGUUGGCUGUUUUCGUUAUUUUCUUUUGUUAAAAUAUUUUUAAGACAUUUUCUUUAGGUUUAAGUUUUAAAAUGUAAAAGACAAUGUGUUUAUGUGAUAUGUAGUUAAUUUUACAUAACUAAUUGUUACUAACAGCAUAACUCGCAUUAUUAACUCGGCUUGCUAUUCCGACAAAGUGAGCAGUAUUAUGAAUAAUAAAAAAGACAAACGAUAAGAUAGUCAGACAAUAAUAAAAAUCAAAAUAUGAAAAUCAAAAAAUUCUGAUACUGUGGGAUUGUUUUCUUUUUCUUUUUUGAAUGUUUAUUUAGGGUCAGUGCUUAUUAUAGGGUUGGAAACGUAAUUUUAAAAUAAAUAAACAUGAUUUGUAUUAUGUUUCAAGAAAAAAAAUUGACCAUAUCUACAGUUCAAAGCACAAAAUUAGUCAAUUUAUUUACAAUAGUAUCUUAAGUAUAUAAAUAUAACUAUUCUGAAUAGUUGAAAUUAAAGUUCUCUUCCGACAAGGCUCUUUCUAGUAUGGUCAGUUUUGUUUUACGAUAUAUUCGUUAAAAUUAAAUAAACUUAAGGUCUUGUAACAGUAUAUAAUGUAAAAAAAUUGUUUACAAAAUAAACGCCGUUAAAAUACA